UCGCAGCUGUGUGCAUAUGUGAUUGGAAGUGGAGUUCAGUGAACUGCCCACAGAGUAAUGGAGAUAUAGGGGUUCUUAUUUAGCGCUUCCACCGUCAAAACAAUCUCGUUAGCUUGUAUUUUCUUGUAUGUCCUGGGAAGACAGAGGACCGGCCACGAGACACGAAGGAGGAAAGGAGAAAACAAGCUAGCUUUUUAGCUAGCCACUUUGAGUGGUGGUCUGCCUGUGGCUGCAGGCUAACUUAUGGAAAAUGGAUUUCCUCUGUGAAAUAGUUCAAGCCUUGGUCGCAUUGGCAGCUCUAGGUUUCAUUGUGGUGCUCAUAAUAGCACAUGUAACUGCUGGGAUGGUGAACGUCACACGCCAUGAGAAGGAGAAAUACUACCUCACCCCGACAGGAGAGAAGGAGCUUUUCCCCAGCCUUCAUGAUCCCCAUUCCAGGGAGCUUUCUGUGGUGAUACCAGCCUACAACGAGGAACUCAGAAUGCCUGUGAUGUUGGAUGAAGCUAUGGAGUACUUGGAAAACAGACAGAAACAGCAUCCCUCUUUUACCUAUGAGGUCAUUGUGGUUGAUGAUGGCAGCAAAGACAAAACCACUGAGGUUGCUCUGCGGUAUAGUAGGAAGUACGGUUCUGAUAAAUUGCGGGUCCUGACACUGGUGAAGAACAGGGGGAAAGGAGGAGCUGUGCGGAUGGGAACUCUGAGCUCCAGAGGCAAAUUCAUUCUCAUGGCAGAUGCUGAUGGAGCCACAAAGUUUGCUGACAUUGAAAAGGUGGAGGCUGGACUUGAUGACCUCAACCCCAAACCGGAGAAUAUGGCGAUUUCCUGUGGUUCCAGAGCUCACCUAGAGCAAGACUCAGUAGCUCAGCGAUCUGUGUUUCGCACAUUCCUCAUGUAUGGCUUCCACUUCCUGGUGUGGUUCUUCUGCGUGAGAGGGAUCAGAGACACACAGUGUGGCUUCAAGCUUUUCACACGUGAGGCGGCACUCAAGACCUUCUCUUGUCUCCACGUAGAGCGAUGGGCUUUUGAUGUGGAGCUCCUGUAUAUCGCCCAGUGCUUUAAAAUCCCCAUAGCAGAGGUGGCAGUCAACUGGACUGAAAUAGAAGGAUCUAAGCUGGUCCCGUUUUGGAGCUGGCUGCAGAUGGGACGAGACCUGGUUUUCAUUCGCCUGCGCUACCUCACUGGAGCCUGGAAGCUGCAGUCAUCGCUUAAGACUGACUAGCCAAUCAGAGAAGCCCUGGUGUCCUAGAGACAGCCUGUGAUAGGGCUGUGGAACCUUUGGGAUAAGGUGGGAUUAACAACUGUGUCCAUCAUUUACUGUAAUAAACAAAGAUCAGACUGCAGUAUAUCACAUCCGUCUCCUGUCCAGACGUCACUGGAUGUGAUGUAAUGACACAGUUGCGAGUUCUUCGUGGUCCUGCCUUUUUUUUUUUUAGUUUAUUUGGAUUUCGGCUUGUGAUGGCCGCCGUUACUCGCACAUUUCUGUUGGCACGGCUUACAGAAUGUCUGUAUGACUGAUCCGUGUACUAAGUUACUUAAUGUUUAUUUGUGGCCAAUCAGCUGUAAGUGAGAGCGACUUGUAGUGAAAUAAUAUGGAGGAUCUGAUCAUGUGUGUGUCAUGAUUGUGACAGGUAGAAUGAAUGUUACUAUGUGAGAUUUUUAAAAAGGAGGGGUUGUAUUUUUUGAGGGAACACGGUUAUGGGUUGAUGGGCUGGAAGACUUGAGCCAAAAUAAAAAAAUUCAAUGAUUUA